AUGGACAAGAAAAGCAAAAUACAAGCAGAGAAGCACCUCACAGGAACGCUGAUCCUCUCCGUCUUCACUGCGGUGUUGGGCUUCUUCCAGUACGGCUACAGCUUGGGUGUCAUUAAUGCCCCCCAGAAGGUGAUAGAAGCCCACUACGGGCGCGUGUUGGGCAUCACCCCCCCGGACAGAGUUGCCACCAACACCUCCGGGGAGGAUGGCACUGUCCCCGUCCCCAGCACGGAGCCCUGGGGCAGCACUGAGGGCACACUGGCAUCCAGAGCCCACCCCGACGAGGACCUCGGGGCCUCCCAGCACGUCCUCACCAUGUACUGGUCCCUCUCUGUCUCCAUGUUUGCUGUUGGGGGGAUGGUCUCCUCCUUCACCGUGGGCUGGAUCGGUGACCGGCUGGGGAGGGUGAAAGCCAUGCUGGUGGUGAACGUCCUCUCCAUCGCCGGGAACCUGCUGAUGGGGCUGGCGAAGUUCGGGCCGUCCCACCUGCUGAUCAUCGCCGGGCGAGCGGUGACGGGGCUGUACUGCGGGCUCUCCUCUGGACUCGUGCCCAUGUACGUCAGCGAGGUGUCUCCCACGGCCCUUCGAGGAGCGCUGGGGACAUUGCACCAACUUGCCAUCGUCACAGGAAUCCUCAUCAGUCAGGUCCUUGGACUAGACUUUCUCCUGGGCAAUGACGAGAUGUGGCCCCUGCUCCUCGGUCUGUCUGGUGUGGCUGCCCUCCUGCAGUUCUUCCUGCUCUUACUCUGCCCAGAGAGCCCCCGAUACCUUUACAUCAAACUGGGGAAGGUGGAAGAAGCUAAAAAAAGUUUGAAAAGGCUCAGAGGAAACUGUGACCCCAUGAAAGAGAUUGCUGAGAUGGAAAAGGAAAAGCAAGAAGCUGCUAGUGAAAAGAAAGUCUCCAUAAGGCAACUUUUCACCUCUUCAAAGUACAAGCAGGCUGUCAUUGUGGCUCUGAUGGUGCAGAUAUCUCAGCAGUUCUCAGGGAUCAACGCAAUCUUUUACUACUCUACGAACAUUUUUGAGAGGGCUGGAGUUGACCAGCCAGUUUAUGCAACCAUUGGCGUUGGAGUGGUGAACACAGUCUUCACAGUCAUCUCGGUCUUUCUGGUGGAGAAGGCGGGCAGGAGGUCCCUGUUCCUGGCUGGUUUGAUGGGCAUGUUAAUAAGUGCUGUGGCCAUGACAGUUGGACUUGUGCUCCUGAGCCGGUUUGCCUGGAUGAGCUAUGUCAGCAUGGUCGCCAUCUUCCUCUUCGUCAUCUUCUUCGAGGUUGGGCCCGGGCCCAUCCCCUGGUUCAUCGUGGCCGAGCUGUUCAGCCAAGGGCCCCGUCCCGCCGCCAUCGCCGUCGCCGGCUUCUGCAACUGGGCCUGCAACUUCAUUGUGGGAAUGUGUUUCCAGUACAUAGCGGAUCUGUGCGGGCCGUACGUGUUCGUGAUCUUCGCGGCUCUGCUUCUGGUCUUCCUCCUGUUUGCCCACUUCAAAGUCCCGGAGACGAAAGGGAAGUCCUUUGAGGAGAUCGCAGCCGUGUUCCGCCGCAGGAAGCUCCCGGCCAAGUCCGUGACGGAGCUGGAGGACCUGCGAGGCAGCCGGGCGUAG